UGACCCAUCAGGGUAACCGCAAAAACUUUCCACGCAUGCUCACUUCAGUUUGAACCAAGGCUGUUCAUGAUGGCUGCGGAUAGUGCCUUGCUAUUGGGCUUGGUAGAAGAAUUCGUUUUGGGACAACAGGACCGCAAGGCUGUAGACACCGCAACAGAACUCAAGGCUGGACAGUUUACUAUACUGCAGUUGGUUGAAGCCUUGGGUUUGCAUCUGACCAGCUCCCAACCCCAGACCCGAGCCCGUGGUGUCCAGCUCCUCUCCAAUGUCCUACAGGAGUGCCAUGGAGACCUUACAGAGAGAGAAGUGGAAGUCCUUAUAGUGUUUUAUGAGAACAGAUUGAAGGACCACUAUGUCAUCACACCACAUGUCAUACAGGGGCUGAAAGCGCUGACCAAAUGCUCAGUGUUGCCGCCUGGGUCUGCAGUGUCCAUUCUGAAAUCACUAUUCCAGGACAUCCAUGUGCAGUCCCUGAUGCUGGCGGAGCGGUCGUGUGUUUACAACAUCCUCAUCCAGCUUAUGGAAUCCAGAGAGUCAGAGCUUAAGGGCCUGGGUGCAGACUUUGUCUUUGGGUUUGUCCAGUCAGUGGAUGGGGAGAGGGACCCACGCAACCUUCUCCUGGCCUUCCAUAUCGCUGGGAAGAUUGUCCGUGAAGGCUAUGAUCUUGGUAAAUUCACAGAGGAGUUGUUUGAAGUGACAUCCUGCUAUUUCCCUAUAGACUUCAGCCCUCCCCCGAACGACCCCCAUGGCAUCACCCAGGAGGAGCUGGUCCUGGCCCUGAGGGCCGUGCUCACCGGAACACCACGCUUUGCAGAGUUCCUGCUGCCACUGAUCAUUGAGAAGCUGGACUCCGGUGUUCAGAGUGCCAAGGUGGACUCCCUGCAGACCCUGACUGCCUGUGCUUCUUUGUAUGAACAUAAAGAGCUAGCCCAAUUCCUACCAGGCCUUUGGGCCUCGCUGCGCAGAGAGGUGUUUCAGACAGCUAGUGAGCGGGUGGAGUCCGCUGGCCUAGCCGCCGUCGGUACCCUGACAGCCUGUCUCUCCCGCUCCGUCCUCAACUCCGACUCUGAAGACUCCCUCAAUGUCUUUCUGGAGCUGGUCCUCAAAGACUGUCAGCACCACUUGUGUGAGCCGGACCUGAAGCUGGUGUGGCCCAGUGCGAAGCUGCUGCAGGCCACCUCUACCGCCUCCUACAGGGCGAGCCACAGAGUUGCCGCCGCCGUCCUGCCGUCCCUCAUAGAGCAAUACAACAGCCGCACACAGUGUGCUCAGCGGCGCACCCUACUGGAGGUGUUACAGGGCUUCGUCCAUCCGGUGAAAUCAUCAGAAGAGGAUGAGAGUGUGCUGUUGGACUUCAGGCAGUCUCUGUGCAGUGUAGUGUUCUCUGCUCUGUCUGAGAGCAAUGCUGACCUCCAGAUCACAUCUAUGCGUGUGCUCACUGCUCUGGGCCAACAGACAGGCCUGCUGUUAGAGUCAGAUGUGGAGCUGGCCGUUGACCACCUCACCAGGCUCAUCCUGGAGGAGGAAGAUCCUAAAGUCAGCCUGGCUGUGGUUGAGUGUGCAGGGGCUCUGGCUCGCCUGCACCCUGCAGCCUUCAUCUCUAAGAUGGUUCCACGGCUGAAGGAGGAAAUCUUCUCAGAGCCCAUGGCACAAGGUGACAGCGCCGCGCAGUCCCAGGAACAUUCCCAGCAGGCAGUGCGUCAGCGCUGUGUGGCGGCGCUGGCUGCGGUGUCGUCCCGGCCCAGUUUGGUUCAGGAGAGCACACCUGUCCUGCUACAGGUCCUCACCUCUGCACACACUGGCACUGGCGCGUUCUCACUGGAAGAGGUGAUCUCUGUCUGCCACAGUCUGCAGAAGAUAGCAGAGCAGGCCCAGGACACUGAAGAGACCGGUGGCGUCUUCCAUGACGUCAUUCCUCGCCUGCUCGGGCUGGCAUUGCAGGCAGCUUUGCAGGGUUCCUCAGACCAUCGUAGCCCGAUACUCGAGGAGACUGUCCUAUCAGCCAUGGUACCCAUCAUCAGCACCACUUGUGCCCGACUACAGUCCCAACUGGCUGGCCAAACAGCCUCGCGGGCCGUGUCCCUCUUCCUUGACGGUGAUGUUUCCUUCCUGCCAGAGAACGCCUUCCCCUCCCAGAUCCAGCUCCUCAAGGCAGGUGACUCCCGGAGCCAGUCCCAGAUGGUGUGCCUGCUCAUGGGUUGUGUGUGCUGGCUGCCACGGACUGUGGAGGUGCCCCAGAUGGACAGGCUACUGUUGGAGCUGGAGGAGCUGAGCUGUACCUCUGACCAUCCCCUCUCCUACACGUCAGCCGCCAAGUGCUACGCUGGGCUGGUCAACAAGAGUCCCGCAGGUGAAGCCCUGGACUCUCUGAUAGACAGGAUGUUAAAGAGGAUCUCCACUGAGCUGGACUCUGCAUCCUCCCCAGUCAGAACGCAGGCGUUCACUCUGCUGCUUUGGGUGUCCAAAGCUCUCCUUCUCCGCUACCACCCUCUGUCCACAGCCCUGACUGACAAGCUCUUCUCCCUGCUCAGUGACCCAGAGCUGGGUUCGUUAGCGGCCAAUGGAUUCUCUCUCCUGAUGAGCGACUCGCAGGACGUCCUGAACCGCGGUAGCCACGCCGACGUGCGCAUCAUGUACCGCCAGCGCUUCUUCACGGAGAACUCUGCCAAACUGGUCGAGGGCUUCAACGCUGCAGUCCAAGAGAAGAAGUCUGGCUACCUGAAGGCACUGUCUCACAUUGUAAACAACCUACCCAGACAGGUCCAGCUUACUGAGCUACCAGCGCUCUUGCCCCUCCUGCUGGAGGCCCUGUCGUGUCCGGACCAGGGGGUGCAGGUUUCUACCCUGUCCUGCUUGCAACCUGUCCUCCUGGACCCCCCUUCAACCCUCAUCACCCAGCUGGAGGUGCUGGUGGGCCGCACACUGGCGCUCACCACCAGCCCUACCAUGAAAGUGCGGAUAGCCUCACUGCGCUGUAUCCAUGCCCUCUCCCGCUUUCCAGAACAUGAGAUCAUGCCCUUCCGUGCGAGGGUGCUGCGUGCCCUGGCUGCCCCCCUGGACGACCAUAAGAGGGUGGUGAGGAGCGAGGCAGCGGUGGCCCGGAAUGAAUGGUUCCUUCUGGGGAGUCCAGGAGGCAGGUGAAUUUGGUCCCCCAUCCCUGACUGGGUGUGGGAGGGGACAGAUGGCACGGCUUGCUCCUGAGGAAGUGGCCCUGGAUCCAGGCUUGGGGCUCUAGCGCUGCCCUUGGAGUCUGGGACAUCUCACCACCACCCACAGCACUUCAUCUUGUACAUGAGAUUAAACACGGGUGGCGGGUAGCCUAGCCGUUAAGAGCGUUGGGCCAGUAACCGACAGGUCGCUGGUUGAAAUCGACUAGGUGAAGAAGAAGAAAAAAAUCUGUCAGUGUGCCCUUGGGCAAGGCACUUAACCCUAAUUGCUCCAGUAAGUCGCUCUGGAUAAGAGCGUCUGCUAAAUGACACAAAUAUACACUUUUUUUUGUACUGCUUCUACCAUCAAACGUGAGAGGAGUUAGACUGACCACUGCAUGGUGGCAUGGACCUACGGGUGACAGCCUACUGCCCCUUCAUGGAAAGACAGAGCUGCACUGAAACAAGCUUGGCACAGAGAGAAGAAAAAACAAUUUCUAUUGGGGAGAGGGGUGUUAAUGAAUGUGUGAAAGAGGACCUAUUAACCAUAUAUCUAACCAUAUUAAGGACAAUGUGUUUAACAAGGCUCAAAGAUCCCAUUUUGAAGCGUGAACCUUGUAUUCGGCACUGGAAGAAUGAUUAAUGCAGCUGGCAUGUGGUUGGCUACACAUUUCACUAGGCCAACUUACUUUGAACCUCAAAAUUAUGCCGAAGAUGUGGACAAUAUUUAAAAUGUCUAACUUAAGCUGUCAAUAAAACAUUUUUUUUUGUUGUAAA